AUGGCGGGGAUGGCGGCGGCGGUGGCGAAGCAGCGGGCGGCGGCGGGGGGCGCGGGGGCGCACGGCCGCGCCACCCCUUUCCUGGGCCAGGACUUCGCGGCGCUGCGGCGGGAGUGCCUGCGAGCCGGGCGGCUCUUCGAGGACCCCUGCUUCCCCGCCGCCGCCGCCGCCCUCGGCUUCAGGGAGCUGGGGCCGGGCUCCGGCAAGGCGCGGGGCGUCGUGUGGCGCAGACCCACGGAGCUGUGCGCCCGGCCGCAGUUCGUGGCAGGCGGAGCCACCCGCACGGACAUCUGCCAGGGAGCCCUAGGAGACUGUUGGCUCUUGGCAGCUAUUGCAUCUCUCACCCUGAAUGAAGAAAUUCUUGCCCGUGUUGUUCCCAAAGAUCAGAGCUUCCAGGAUAAUUAUGCAGGAAUCUUCCACUUCCAGUUCUGGCAGUAUGGGGAGUGGAUGGAUGUGGUGGUUGAUGACAGGCUGCCCACCAAGAACGGGGAGCUGCUCUUCGUCCACUCGGCGGAGGGCAGCGAGUUCUGGAGCGCCCUGCUGGAGAAGGCCUAUGCCAAGCUGAAUGGCUCCUAUGAGUCUCUUUCUGGGGGCACCACCACUGAAGGCUUUGAAGACUUCACUGGUGGAAUUGCAGAAUGGUAUGAGCUGCAGAAGGCACCACCCAACCUCUUCAAAAUCAUUCAGAAGGCACUUCAAAAAGGCUCUCUCCUUGGCUGCUCUAUUGAUAUUACAAGUGCAGCGGAGACAGAGGCAGUCACUUCCCAGAAGCUGGUCAAAGGACAUGCGUACUCUGUUACAGGUGCCGAAGAGGUGAACUUCAGAGGAAGCAUACAAAAGCUGAUCAGAAUCCGAAAUCCUUGGGGGGAAGUGGAAUGGACUGGCAAAUGGAACGACAACUGCCCAAACUGGAAUGGCGUUGACCCUGUGGUACGGGAGCAGCUGACUAGGAGACAUGAAGAUGGGGAAUUUUGGAUGGCAUUCAAUGACUUUCUGAGACAUUACUCCCGCCUUGAGAUCUGCAAUUUGACUCCAGACACCCUCGCAAGUGACAGGUACAAGAAGUGGAGUCUGUUGAAAUUGGAUGGGAACUGGAGACGAGGAGCCACUGCAGGGGGUUGCAGGAAUUACCCAAACACUUUCUGGAUGAAUCCACAGUACUUAAUCAAGCUGGAAGAAGAAGAUGGGGAUCCAGACGAUCCUGAGAAGGGCUGCACUUUCCUAAUUGGCCUGAUUCAGAAACACCGUAGGAGGCAGAGGAAGAUGGGAGAGGACAUGCACACCAUUGGCUUUGCAAUUUAUGAGGUGCCCCCAGAGUUUUCUGGCCAGACGAAUGUUCAUCUGAGCAAAAACUUUUUCCUGACAAACAAAGCGAGAGAGAGGUCAAACACCUUUAUCAACCUCCGAGAAGUGUUGAACCGGUUCAAGCUUCCUGCGGGAGAAUAUAUCAUCGUGCCGUCUACCUUUGAACCCGACAAGAAUGGGGAUUUCUGCCUCCGAGUCUUCUCUGAAAAAAAUGCCGAUUCCAAGGUUAUAGAUGAUGAAAUAGAGGCCAAUUUUGAAGAGGCUGAGAUCAGUGAGGAUGACAUUGAACCCAGUUUUAAAAAAACCUUUGGACAGCUAGCAGGAAGUGAUGCAGAGAUCUCUGCCUUUGAACUGCGCAAUAUCUUGAAUAAAAUCAUGGCUAGACGCCAGGAUAUUAAAUCGGAUGGCUUUAGUAUUGAGACGUGCAAAAUAAUGGUUGACCUAUUAGAUACUGAUGGGAGCGGUAAACUGGGACUGAAGGAAUUCCACACGCUCUGGACAAAGAUUCAGAAAUACCAGAAAAUUUACAGAGAAAUUGAUGUGGAUCGAUCUGGUACCAUGAACUCGUAUGAGAUGAGGAGAGCACUGGAAGCAGCAGGGUUCAAGUUGAACUGCCAGUUACAUCAAGUCAUUGUGGCUCGUUUUGCUGAUGAAGAGCUCAUCAUUGAUUUUGAUAACUUUGUCCGGUGUCUGAUUCGACUGGAAACUUUGUUCAAAAUGUUUAGAAAACUGGAUACUGAGAAAACUGGAGCAAUAGAACUGAACCUUGUUACUUGGCUGUGCUUUACUAUAAUUUGAAGCACUGACAUCAGCUGAAGACAUCUAAAAAAGAUGAAGAUUCUGUGAGGAUAAUCAUGCAACAUACCAGGGGAAAAAAAUAGUGGAUGUGCCUUAAAUUAUGAAUGAUAACUUCCCACAGUUACUAGGAGGAAUCACAGUUGAAGAAUCUGCAGCCUCAUUUUAGAGAUAGGACAGUCUUUAUCUACUAUUAUAUAGCCUCUGUUCAGAAGCUUUAAUUUAGUAAAUAUUCAAUGUAACUUUUGAAAAUACUGCUUUGCUGGUAUCCUCAUAUUUAUUGUAUAUUUUAUGACUUCUGGAGGAAAAAAAAAACUGCUUAUAGAUUAUCAGUCUGGUUCAUUAAGUGCUUUCUGAAUAACAGCACAGUUAACUGUUCUGUUUGGUCCCAUGUAUGUGCAACUAGAAAAGGGAUGGUGCUGCGCAUCUCAAACACUGAUGUUUAAGUUAAAUGUGCAUCUCUUAUCUUUGCAGUCAAGCCCUAACAUUAUUCAGGUUAAAUAUUCUUUGAAGAAUUUGAGUAGCAAAUACCAGUGGGACCAAAUGGAGGACAAGUCUUUCCAGCCUGCCCAUUGAGGUCCAUUUAUAGCAGAAGGCUGUUGGCAGCCAGAAUCUUUAAGAGAAAGCUGGUGCGGUCACAGAGAUUCUUCAUUUCCUGCCUCUUGUUUAUGUUCCUUUGAAAUACAAGAAAUAUUACUUCCCCUUUUCUGUUUUCUUAUAAGAAGUUUCAUAUAUAAUGUUUGCAAGGCCAUUACUCCUUCUUGAAAGAGGCAUGUGCUUCUUUGAGCUGGGUUCUCACAGAAUAUAUAGAUAUGCAGAACUUCAGUUGACAGGAACGGAGUAAGUUUCUUUUUAAGGGGAAAACAGCACUCUGGAUCCAAAACUGUAAGGCACUGAGAGAUGCUCUAGCUGGAUUGUGGUUACUGAAAUAGGCAGCCUGAUACUGUGGAAGGCUGAGGGUACAGGCAGUGAAUUUUUCCAAGAAGGUUGAUCAACAGUGUGCAUAUACCCUGUAUUCUUCCUACUAAAAUUACGAGGCUGUGAGCAGUGGAAGACCACUGCUUCAGAUAUCUCAAUUCAGCUGACUUAAUCUUGUCCAUGUGAGGAAAUGUAUCCUCUUUCCUACUAAGUUUUGUGUUUUUUUUUUUCUUUCAGAAAGCAGUAAACAUGAGCCUGAAGGUGAUUGUAGAGAGGAGCCUUACAAAAAUUCCUCUCCCUGAAGGAAAGAUUUGAUCUUUUCUAAGUAAUGCUCAUUGGCCAGUGAUUACUCCUGAGCAGAUAGAUACAAAGGAUAGUUCUAUGGGAAAGAUUUUAUUUCAAAAAUACUUGUACCAAGUCUUUUUUCUUACAUGUGUCUCCCAGCUUCUACAGUUAACAAAAGAUACAUGCAACUAACAGAUACUGGCUGUUUUAAAUGCAGAAAGUCAAGCCUGAAACAGAGCCCCUCCUCCCUCUUCAAUACAGAAAAUAACUGAAUGUUACCAUAACAGAAUGGUACCUUGUAGUGUUAACAUUGUCAAGUGGUCUAACAUAAAAGCUGGACAUUAAAAUACCCAGGAGUUAAGGCUUAUGAGGAGAAAAGAGUUUAAUGGUAUCACAGUCAAAUAAAAACAACUGUCAAGACUACAGAAAGUUUCUACACUUAGUUUCAAAGUACAAAAGACAAUAAAUACACAAGGCUCUUUGUAAAAAGAGGAGUCUAAAACUACAUCGUCUGGUAUAUAGCAUGUAAUAUUUUGAAUAUAUGGAAUUCCUAAGAUGCUA